AUGGCGACGCGCGACGGCGCGCGCGCGAAUCGAUGCUUUCGAGGGUGUUGCGUCGGCACCGCGCGCGUGCGAUUGGACUGCGACGUCGGCGCGCGCGAGGGACGACGCGGAAGCGACGACGACGGCGACGACAGCGUCGCGCGCGGCGACGUCCUGUACGCGGGACCGCUGAGCGUGGUGUUCUACGGGCGCUAUCGCGACGAGGCGAUCGCGAUAAAAAGGCCAAAGCUGCGGACGACGCGCGAGAUCGAUCGGUACCACGCGGAGUUGGGACUCAUGCUCGAGGCGCGACACGAAAACGUGCUGGGCGUGGUCGGCGCGCGCGCGGCGCCGCCGAAUUAUGAGUUGUUCUUUCCGUUCAUGGAGAACGGCGCGGUGGAUGAGGUGGUGUAUGAGCAAGGAUGGACGCCGACGUGGCAGGCGGUGCUGAAACUGGCGCGAGAGGUGUGCGCGGGGUUGACGUAUUUACACGACGUCGGCGUCGUGCAUCGAGACGUAAAGCCGAGCAACGUGCUGUUGGACGGAUCGUGGACGGCGAAGAUCGGGGACUUUGGCUUGGCCGAGCGCGAGAGCGAGCUGCGAGCGGUGGAGGGGAAAUGGAUCGCGGGCGAGCACGGCGCGCCGAGCGGGGGGUUUCAGAAGCAGCACAUGGUGGGGUCGAUGUUGUACAUGUCGCCGGAGGUGUUGAUGCGACAAGUGAGCGGGUACGGCGCGGAUGUGUACGCGUAUGCGGUGACGAUAUGUGAGAUAGCCACAGGGACGGUGCCGUUCAGCGAUCGGGCGAGAAACGUCGCGCUCGCGCACACCGUGCUCGACGCGAGCUACAACGAACAGGAUUUAGCCAUCGCCAUCGCGAGCGAGCACUUGAGACCGAUUUUACCAGGAGAGACCGCGGCGGGGGGAGCGGGCAAGGUUCCCGACGGUUUGAACGACCUCAUCACACGUGCAUGGGCACCCGUAGAAUCGUCGCGACCGCGAAUGCCGGAGAUCACUCGCGAGCUCGAAGGCGUCGUCGCGGCGUAUUGCGCCGAAAACGGCUUGGACGACGUCGCCGCGGUGUGGUUGCCCCCAGCGAACGAUCGUGCCGAGGCGGCGACGGCGGCGGCGACGGCGCUCAACGAGCCUUUAGAUUGGGAAAUGCAAGAGCCAGCGUUUGCGGCACCGAAUCCGGAGCACGCGAUCGCCGCCGCCGACUUUUCCGCCGGCGUCUUUAGCACGCCCGGCGCGCGCGGCGCAGACAAGAUGGAAGAUCGUCACAUCGUCGUCAACAACCUCGGUGGUCGCGCGCACGCCCAUCUUGUCGCUGUGUUCGACGGACAUCGAGGGCACGAAGCCGCGGAGUUCGCCAUGGUGCACAUCGAACGUGCGAUUCGAAGCGAGUGGGGCGCUCACGGCGACGACGUCGAGAGCGCGCUCUCCGCCGCGGUGACGAAAUUAGACGCCGCGUUUUGCGCGCGUUUCGAGGCGAUCAAGGCGAAAGAGAUGAGCGCAUCAAAAAGUGCGCAACAAAGCAAACGUAAUCCAGGCUGCACCGCCAUCGUGGGUUUGCUGUGGGGUGAUCGAUUGUGCGUCGCCAACGCGGGCGAUUGCCGCGCGAUUCUCUCGCGCGACGGCGUGGCGCUCCCGUUGAGCGUCGAUCACGACGCUGAGAGCAACGCGAGUGAGCGUCAUCGCAUCGAGCGCGACUUUCCAGGGGCAUUGCGUCAGCACAACGGCGUUUGGCGCGUCGGAGACGCUGGUGUGGCCGUGACGCGAGCCAUCGGAGACGCCGACGCCAAGGCUUUCGGCGUCGUCGCCGAGCCGGAGAUGACGACGGUGUCCGUCAAUCUCGCCACCGACGACUGCCUCGUUCUCGCGUGUGAUGGCUUGUGGGACGUCGUCGAUAAUCACGAUGCCUUGGCGAUGAUCAAAGACACGGUGAAAGAGCCAUCCAUGUGUGCCAAGAGACUCGGAUGCGAAGCGUUGACGCGCCUGUCGGGCGACAACGUCACCGUCCUCGUCGGCUUUUUGCGAGGCAAUCGCACGUGCGAAAACGUCUCUUGGGCGCGCGCGUUUUAG